AUGGAUCCCAUCGUGGAAGUAGUGGCAUUGUUUCUGGGCUUUCUGGGCUGGGUGAUGGUGGGAGUGGCGCUGCCCAACCGCUACUGGAAGACCUCCACGGUGGACGGCAAUGUCAUCACAACGUCCACCAUCUAUGAGAACCUGUGGAUGUCCUGCGCAACGGACUCAACUGGAGUCCACAACUGUCGGGAGUUCCCGUCCCUCUUGGCUUUGAAUGGUUACGUCCAGGCGUCCCGCGCCCUUAUGAUCACGUCGGUGGUGAUGGGCGCCUUUGGCCUGGUGGCGGCGCUGAUUGGCGUGCAGUGCUCCAAGGCGGCAGGCGACAACUACACGUUAAAGGGCCGGAUCGCGGGUGCCGCCGGAGUGCUUUUCAUCCUUCAAGGCCUAUGCACAAUGGUGGCAGUGUCGUGGUAUGCUUUUAACAUCACCCAGGACUUCUUCAACCCUAUAUAUCCUGGCACGAGGUACGAGAUCGGCGAGGGGCUGUACAUCGGCUGGUGCUCGGCCGUGCUGGCCAUUGCCGGGGGCGCCUGCCUCACCUGCUCCUGCAAGAUGGCCUCCAAGGAAAAGUACCCUUUCCCUCAUCAAAGCAGGGGGACGGUUUAUUCAGGACAGGCCAGGACCAGAAGCGUGGCUGCCAGCACUUAUGGCCGAAACGCCUACGUGUGA